AUGAUACAACCCAUUCUUUCCAAUAGUGCACGACAAACGACAUCCGCGCGUUCGUUGCUUCUAUCCUCGUACACUGUCACUAGAACAAAAACAACAACGCUUGCUACUUCUUUGAGAGCGACCCAGAUACGAUGGAAGGCCAGCGCUAGCCCUCGGCCGAUACCUACAGGUCCUUACACUCCGCCACCUCCUCUUCGCAAGCAAAUUAUCCCUCUGGGUGAACGCACAGAUGCUCAUGAGCCAGCCUAUGACAAUUCUUUCGUAGGCCUCUCUGGUGGACAAAUUUUUCACGACAUGAUGCUUCGUCAUGGAGUAAAAUGCAUCUUUGGUUAUCCCGGCGGUGCAAUUCUUCCGGUCUUUGAUGCAAUAUACAAUUCGAGGCAUUUUGAAUUUAUCCUUCCGAGACAUGAACAAGGUGCAGGGCACAUGGCCGAAGGAUAUGCACGAGCAAGCGGUAAACCAGGUGUCGUGUUGGUGACUUCAGGUCCAGGCGCAACGAAUGCUAUCACUCCGAUGCAAGAUGCACUAUCCGAUGGCACACCAAUGGUUGUAUUUACUGGACAAGUCCCAACUUCGGCAAUCGGAACCGAUGCCUUUCAAGAGGCGGAUGUUGUUGGCAUUAGUCGUGCUUGCACAAAGUGGAAUGUAAUGGUAAAAGAUGUGGCCGAGUUACCACGUCGUAUCACUGAAGCAUUUGAAAUUGCUACGACCGGUCGACCUGGUCCGGUAUUGGUUGACCUACCAAAGGAUAUCACGGCUGGGAUUCUGAAGAAACCUGUACCACGCAAAUAUACGAUUCCGUCCCGUGCGUUUAGUAAUAUUAUAUCUUCAGAUCGUGCCGAUGCCACACUCAACCCAAAUAUCAUUCAGGCGGCCGAGAUAAUAAAUAAGGCUAAACGACCCAUUAUAUAUGCUGGACAGGGUGUUUUGUCAACUGAAGAAGGUCCGAUACUACUGCGAGAGCUGGCCAAGAUUGGUAACAUACCUGUUACAACUACUUUGCAAGGUCUUGGAGCUUUCGAUGAGUUGGAUAAUCGUAGUUUGCAUAUGCUUGGUAUGCAUGGAUCUGCUUAUGCCAACCUUGCAAUGCAACAAGCUGAUGCUAUAAUUGCAUUGGGAGCAAGAUUUGACGAUCGUGUUACCGGUCAUUUGGCUCAUUUUGCCCCAGCGGCUAAGCAAGCAGCAAAAGAGGGCCGAGGUGGUAUUGUCCAUUUCGAGAUUAGUCUAAAAAAUAUAAACAAAGUUAUACAAGCAACAGCAGCCGUCGCAGGAGAUGUAACCGAAAAUCUUGCGAAGCUUCUUCCUCUGAUUGAAUCGUCUGAACGGGCUGAAUGGUUUGCGAUGAUAGACGAAUGGAAGGCGAAGUACCCGUGGACAUAUACUAAAGCAUCGCCAGGUGCUCCACUCAAACCACAACAAGUAAUUGAAGAACUUGAUCGGCAAACUCACGACAUUAAGGAUAGAGUUCUCCUGACCACCGGGGUAGGUCAACAUCAGAUGUGGGCAGCACAAUUCUUCCGUUGGCGAUAUCCUCGCACUAUGAUUACUUCUGGUGGACUUGGUACAAUGGGAUACGGUCUUCCCUCAGCUAUUGGCGCCAAAGUUGCUAGUCCUGAUAAAAUUGUUAUUGACAUUGAUGGGGAUGCUAGCUUUUGUAUGACAGGAAUGGAAUUGGCUACAGCUGCUCAAUAUAAUAUUGGGGUGAAAGUGUUGAUAUUAGAUAAUUGUUUCCAGGGAAUGGUUAAACAGUGGCAAGACUUGUUUUAUGAAGAGCGGUACAGCCAAACAGAAAUGAUCAAUCCUGAUUUUGUUAAAUUUGCAGAGUCAAUGGGUGUCAAGGCACUCAGGAUCCGCACUGAGCAAGAAUUGCCGGAGAAAAUGAAAGAAUUUUUGGAAUAUAAUGAUGGUCCUAUUGUCUGUAAUGUUGUCAUAGAAAAACACGAACACGUGUAUCCAAUGGUGCCAGCUGGCAAAGCUCUCCAUGAAUUUAUUGUACAUCCUAAUCUCAAAUAA